AUGUUUAUCCUUUCACUUUGUAUAUUACUCAUACAGAUCCAUGCUGCUGAUAGGAUUCUACCUGGCCAAGUCCUAGAAGUAGAUACAACCAAUGCAUCUAAAGUUCAAAUAUGCAUGGGACAGGACAACAGGUACUAUAUCAGUGCUUAUGACACUGUACAGAAUGCAUGGUCGUCACCACAGUGCAUAGGAUAUGAUGCAGUGGGUAGCACCUUUCCUGCAUAUGAGACAUACUAUCCCCAAGUGCCUGUGCAGCCUCGCGAACCAUAUUACACCACUCCUGAGAUCUAUGAAAUGCCCCGGCAAUCCAAUACCCCAGUCCUGACUGAGACCAGCCUGUUGCCAGCAAAAGAAAGUGGCAAUAAAGAACCAGAAAAUAAACCGAAAGAUUGUGAAAAGAAGGAUAAUGAAGCAAAGAAUGCUAAAAAGAACAGCUCCACGUCUUCUGCCAAAAGGAAGACACGUAACAGCGCACCCAAUACGAAUAUUCUCUUUUAUUUACUGGUCAUGGCUCUUAGCUGCAUUAUUCAAUAA